AUGUCGCUCCCGAUCCGUGAGAUCAAGCCGAAGAGCGCGAAGACAAAGCGCUACCUGGACAACAAAGGCCCGCAAGUUACGGAAAACCCCAAGACGACACUGUUCCUCCGCUACACGUCCUGCUCCGAAAUCGUGCAACUCGUGCUCAAGGACCUCAACCGCCUCAAGGAGCCGCUUACCGUCAAAUUCACCAAAAAGAACGACAAACACCCCUUCGAAGAUGCCACCAGUUUCGAGUUCUGGGCCGACAAGAACGACACGAGCUUGAUGGUCUAUGGAUCGCACAGCAAGAAACGCCCCCAUUGCCUAACCCUGAUGCGCAUGUUCGGUUACAAGCUGCUGGACAUGCUCGAGCUGCUCAUCGAUCCGGACACCUUUCGCAGUUUGUCGCAAUUUAAGAACGCCAAAGCCGCAGUGGGACUGAAGCCACUCCUCUCCUUCUCCGGCAGCGCCUUCGAAUCGCCGAUUCAGAAUGACUAUACGCUUGCGAAGUCGCUCUUGCUCGAUCUUUUCAAGGGCCCGAACACGGACAAGGUGGAUGUGGAAGGCUUGAAAUACAUGAUUCACUUUAGUGUGGAUGAGGAAGAACAAGAAGAUGUGAAACCACAGAUCCACAUGCGGUCGUACCUGAUAAGCUCGAAGAAGGGGCAAAACUCGAGUCUGCCCAGAAUUGCAGUAGAAGAGAUGGGUCCCAGGGUCGACUUCAGAGUGGGCAGGAGACAGGAUGCCGAUCCGGACAUGUGGAAAGAAGCUAUGAAGAAGGCAAAGACUACAGAGGCCAAGCCCAAGAAAAACAUCGAGACCGACAUGAUUGGAGACAAGAUCGGACGCAUUCACACUGGUCGCCAAGAUCUCAGCCAGCUGCAAACGAGGAAAAUGAAGGGUCUCAAGCGCAGCAGAGACGUCCCCGACGACGACGAUGGAGACGUCGCCAUGAGCGACGACGAGAAUGGCGGUGUGCCUUUAACCACAACAGAGAAGAAGCGGCCGAGAGUCGAAGCGUGA